GAGUUCCAGCAGUCCGCGAGCUGCCGUCGGCUCCGCGCGGGGGGGGGGCGGGCCGGGCACCCCGGGGGCGCGGAGGAGCGCUCUUUAAGCUUCUUUCAACUUUCCCCCCACUUCGCACUCCAGGGCAUUCAAACCAGUCCAACGCUGCUUCCCUUUCCCUAAUUUCUAGCGCCCCCCUCCCCAAACAAACUUUCAGUCCCACCUCUGCCCCUCGCCCGUUAUUCGUCGUGGCUCGAGCCCGGCUGUGCCGCCCGAGGGCUUCUCCGGACCUGUCUGCCUGCAGCUCCGAGCAUUACAGGAUCCAGAAACAUGUCGACCACACUUCUGUCCGCCUUCUACGAUAUCGACUUCUUGUGCAAGACCGAGAAAUCCCUGGCCAACCUCAAUCUGAACAACAUGCUGGACAAGAAAGCGGUAGGGACGCCGGUGGCCGCUGCCCCCAGCUCAGGCUUCGCGCCGGGCUUCCUCCGACGGCACUCACCCAGUAACCUGCACGCGCUCGCCCACCCCGCGCCCAGUCCCAGCAGCUGCUCGCCCAAGUUCCAGGGCGCCGCUAACGGCGGCAGCUGUGGCGGCGGCGCUGUGGCCGGCGGCCCGACCUCUUACGGCCCCCUUAAGGAGCCGUCGGGGAGCGGCGGCACGACUCUGCUCAACAAGGAGAACAAAUUUCGGGACCGCUCGUUCAGCGAGAACGGGGAGCGCAGCCAGCAUCUCCUGCACCUGCAACAGCAGCAGCAACAGCAACAGAAGAGCGGCGGCGGCGGCUCCCAGAUCAACUCCACGCGCUACAAAACCGAGCUGUGCCGGCCCUUCGAGGAGAGCGGCACGUGCAAGUACGGGGAGAAGUGCCAGUUCGCGCACGGCUUCCACGAGCUGCGCAGCCUGACCCGGCACCCGAAAUACAAGACGGAGCUGUGCCGAACCUUCCACACCAUCGGCUUCUGCCCCUAUGGGCCACGCUGCCACUUCAUCCACAACGCGGAUGAGCGGCGGCCGGCGCCGUCAGGAGGCACCUCCGGGGACCUUCGUGCCUUCAGCCCGCGCGACGCGCUGCACCUGGGCUUCGCGCCGCCCCCGCGGGAGCCGCGGCCCAAGCUACACCAUAGCUUAAGCUUCUCUGGCUUCCCGUCGGGCCACCAUCAGCCCCCGGCAGGCCUCGAGUCACCGCUGCUGCUCGACAGCCCCACGUCGCGCACGCCGCCGCCGCCCUCUUGCUCGUCGGCUUCCUCCUGCUCCUCGUCGGCCUCCUCUUGCUCUUCGGCCUCAGCGGCCUCCACGCCCUCCGGCGCCCCGGCUUGCUGCGCCUCGGCGGCGGCGGCAGCUGCAGCCGCGCUACUCUACGGUGCUGGGGGCGCCGAGGACCUGCUGGGACCCGGCUCCCAGUGCGCCGCCUGCUCUGCGGCCUCGUGUGCCAACAACGCCUUCGCUUUCGGCCCGGAGUUGAGCAGCCUCAUCACGCCCCUCGCCAUCCAGACCCACAGUUUCGCCGCCGUGGCCGCCGCCUACUAUCGUAGCCAGCAGCAGCAGCAGCAGCAGCAGGGCCUGGCGCCCCCCGCGCAGCCCCCGGCGCCGCCCAGCGCGCCCCUCCCUGCCGGCGCCGCCUCGCCGCCCUUCAGCUUCCAGCUGCCGCGCCGCCUGUCGGAGUCGCCAGUGUUCGACGCGCCCCCCAGCCCCCCGGACUCGCUGUCGGACCGUGACAGCUACCUGAGCGGCUCCCUGAGCUCGGGCAGCCUCAGUGGCUCCGAGUCCCCCAGUCUCGACCCUGGCCGGCGCCUGCCCAUCUUCAGCCGCCUCUCCAUCUCCGACGACUGAGGCAAGAGGGCGCCAGUGAGGAGGAGGAGGCAGGAGGGGAGGAGGGCGAGGCCUCGCAGGGGGUGUUGGCGGGCGCCCCUGGCCACUUGGCCCCUGCUGGGGGCCGGGGGUCGGAGCUAGGCCCCAGGCAGACUGCAGCCCCGGCCUAGCACUUGACUCAGCUCUGCGGGGAGCGGGCCCCCACCCGUCCCCUUUCGGUUUCCUCGCGUUUUGCUUUUUUAUUAUUAUUUUUAUUAUUAUUAUUAUUCAGAAGCUUCAUUCUUGUUGAGCAAAAAAAGCCAACGAACAUUUUGUAUUGGUGAACAAAAUAUUCACAACAGAGCAGUUGUGAUGCGAAUAGAACAAAACAACAGAAACCAACAGUUAACCAUUUUUAGGUCUCCGAUUAUGUUUGGGACUUUAGGAGAAAAUCAACCCAGCACCAGCAGCUACCAACCACCAUUCCAUCUCUUAACUUGAAAAGCAUUAGUCUACAGUCCAGAUGUGGGAACUAUCUUGAGAGAAGUUCCCAAUUGUCCGUUUCUCUCUCUGACCAAUGUAAACAAACCAACCAACCACCACUUUACUAAACCUAUAUAAGCUUUUAGAAUCCAAUAUUCUGCCAAGAAUAUGCCUUGAUAUAGUAGCCCUCGGCCUUAGGGUUUUUGUUUUUUGUUUUCUUUUACAAAGUUUAUAUCUUUAAAAAACGAAAAAACAACGUUGCAUUCCAAAGUUUCAUACUGGUUUCAUUGCCACCACUUAGUGGAUGUUUAGUUUAGAACCAUCUUGUCUGCUCUCUGGAAGCCUUGGGCAGAACUUAGUUUAUAAUUGUUGGGGAAUAACUGCUGAAUUUUUAGCUGUUUUGAGUUGAUUUGCACCACAACUCAAUAUGAAAAACUAUUUAACUUAUUUAUUAUCUUGUGAAAAGUAUACAUUGAAAAUUUGUUCAUACUGUAUUUAUCAAGUAUGAUGAAAAGCAAUAGAUAUAUAUUCUUUUAUUAUGUUAAAUUAUGAUUGCCAUUAUUAAUCGGCAAAAUGUGGAGUGUAUGUUCUUUUCACAGUAAUAUAUGCUUUUUGUAACUUCACUUGGUUAUUUUAUUGUAAAUGAGUAAAGAAAAUCUUAAUUUAAGAGAUUGUAUGUAAUAUUUAUUUCAUUAAUUUCUUUCCUUGUUUACGUAAAUUUUUGAAAGAUUGCCUGAUUUCUUUACAGAAAUCUAUCUUGAUGCUGUGGAAGUAGUUUUGAGGAAUAUCUUAUUAUGAGUUUUCUUAGAAUGUAUAAUGGUUGUAGCCCAUCCAACUUUAAAGUAAAAAAUGACCACAUACUUUGUAAUCAGACUUAAAAGUGGUAUACUUUUCUAAUUCCAGCUUUAUAAAUUAGCAAACGUGUUUUUUUGGUUAGCUUAUUCCACCAGUUCUACUGUGACAUACUGAGUAUAAAGACAUGUAGCAAUAAUGGGCUGGGGGUGGGGAUAAGGGGGUAUUAGUCUCACAGUGCCUUUGGAAGGGCCCGAACUUGCCUUAACUCUUCCUCAACCAAAUAAGUAUUUUGUUUCUAGUGCUAGAGAGAAUUUGAAUGUAGGAUGGGUUCAACUGCACAAAAGGAAAAAAUUUUACCACUUUUUUUUACAUAGAUAUAAAGUGACGCGAGCCACCUCUAUCUAAAGUGCUGAAAACAUGUUAUAUAGUACAUGAAUAUGCCUUGUUUUUAAUUACAGAAGAUUUCGAAACUUGUACUAUUUUUUCCCUUGUAGAAAGGCAGGAAUGCCUCCCAAGCUUUCCUGGAGAGUGGAUGAAUGAGCAGUAGCUUUAGUUUGUACGUAGGUACCAUUGGAGCACUAUGUAUGUAUGUAUUCUCUGGACUACUUUGACAAAAGUAGGUUUUUGAAUGUAACAAGAUAAGUCAACUUGAGUUGUAAUAUAUUUUGGGGAAUCAGUUCACUACAAAUUGUGACUGUAAACAUUGUACUGUAAAUGUUUUGUAGUUCUCCCCCAAUAAAAUUUUUUUGGAAGGAAAAA